AUGUUCACCGGCAUCGUCGAAGACAUCGGAGUCGUCUCGCACCUCGACAACAAUGACUCCACUGGCGGCACCACCAUGACAUUCACCAUCCCCGCGGACUCACUGCUCCUCAAAGACUGCCACGAGGGAGACUCCAUCGCUGUCAACGGGUGCUGCCUCACUGUCACGUCCUUUACAGCAGACACGUUCAGCGUGGGCGUAGCCCCCGAAACCUUGCGGAUCACCAAUCUCGGCACCCUUGUUGAAAACAGCCGCGUGAACCUGGAGCGAGCCGUACGAGCCGACACCCGCAUGGGCGGCCAUUUUGUCCAGGGCCAUGUCGACACCACGGCCGACAUCUUGUCCGUGACGCCGGACGGCAAUGCGCUGACGUUUAGAUUUCAGCCCAAGAACCGUGACAUGCUUCGAUAUGUCAUUUUCAAGGGCUUCAUUGCCAUUGAUGGGACGAGUUUGACGGUGACCAAUGUGAAUGACGCCGACGGCUGGUGGGAAAUCAUGUUAAUCUCGUACUCUCAGGACCGUGUGGUUCUGGCGCACAAGAACAAGGGCGACACGGUGAAUAUUGAGGUCGACAUGAUGGCCAAGUAUGCCGAAAAGUCGCUGGCCGGAAUUCUGGGGUCAAACAGCAGCGACGCCCGCAUCCCGUUGCUCGAGAAGAUGGUCCAGCGCAUCCUUGGCAGGCAGUAG